UCGGUGAACUCAGUGACCUCCAGGGAUCGAGUUGGAACCCGAUCCUUUUGGAAAAGCCCAAAAUUUGAGUUCCCUUCUUCCUUUGUUUUUUCCUACUGCACUUGAGCCUGAGUUUGGAAGCCAAGAAAAGAAACUAGCCAAAAUAAGAGGACACGUGGCUGAAUAACUGCAGAACACGUGUAGUCUCUGGAAGGAGAAUAAGGAGCUUUCUUUUGCUUCGUGACGGUUCAAGAGAAUCGACCAAAGCGUACUAGUAUAAUAGGGGGUUGGGGUGUGCAGGGCAUGGCAUCAACAUUGUGGUGCAGAGCCUCCUCGUCGAUCGUCUCCUGUUCUUCUGCUUCUGCCCUGCUGCGGCGUCGUCUGCCCUUGGUUGGUGCUUUCUGUGUGCUGAGUUUGGGUAUCGCCAACCUCAGCCCAACACUCUCUUCCUCCUUCAAGACGGGGUGCGCAAAGUCUCUCCCUUUCGUCCCUUUUCUCCGAUCGCGUUUUGUUAGCCAAUCGUCAGCCAGAGCUCUUCACUCGACCGGAAUGGAAGGCAGUUCUAGCACCGUACCAAGUAUUGUGGUUUAUGUUACUGUCCCAAACAAAGAAGCAGGAAAGAAACUGGCACAGAGCUUAGUCAAAGAAGAGCUUGCAGCAUGUGUCAACAUAGUACCAGGAAUAGAGUCAGUUUACAAAUGGAAGGGUGAGAUCCAAACAGACAAUGAACAACUACUUGUAAUCAAGACCCGUGAAUCUCUUUUGGAAGCUCUGACAGAAUAUGUCAAAGCCAACCAUGAAUACGAUGUUCCCGAAGUCAUUGCAUUGCCCAUCAGGGGCGGCAGUAUUCCAUACCUGGAAUGGAUCAAAAGCAGUACGAGGGAGUAAUCAUUAUGCUCAGCAAAGGACAUGGCCCGGCUUUAAACUCUAUGGUGCAUUAGCGCCGUUGUGGAUUGCAUCUUUAGUUGUGUAUGCAGGAUUAACUACAAUAAGAAGUAUCUCUACAAAAGUGCACCUUUUAUUUUGUAUGCAGCAUGAAGAAUUCUCUCUGUGUUAUGGAUGAAAGAUUGGAGCCGGUACAAGUAGUAUUCUGUUUAA